AGAUCCUCUGGCGUCCUUUGUUCCGAGAUGCUUGUGAUACCCCCUCCUGCGGGGUUGGACGGGAAAGUCUCGUACAAAGAGAAUGGCGCUGCCCGGGGAAAUGUUGAUUUUGAUCGAAUAGAUCUCGCAAGCAUCAUUCUCAGCUCGACACAGUUUACCUGAAGUUUCGCCAUGGCUGAAAACGGCACCGCCGACACUCCGGUGUCCUCCAUCGACGAGUUCACCCAAACUCUCUUCGAUUUUAUCGUUGUUGGUGGGGGCACAGCAGGCCUCGUUAUCGCUGCGCGACUGAGUGAGGAUCCAAAUGUCACUGUUGGCGUUAUCGAGGCUGGCAAGUACAAAAUGAACGAUCCCCUUAUUGAUACACCAACCGCCUUCGUCCAGACUUUCGAGAACCCCGAGUAUGAGUGGUGCAUGUACACGACACCUCAAGCAUCUAACAGAGGCCGGACCCAUCAUGUUCCACGAGGAAAGGUGCUCGGUGGCUCGAGCGCGAUCAAUUACAUGAUGUAUGUGCGUGGCUCGCUACAAGACUACGACGACUGGGCUGCGCUGGCCGGUGAUGAGGGCUGGUCAGCUAAGUCGAUGCAGCAGUAUAUGCGCAAGCACCAAACACUAGAACCCAUUGAUCCCGCAGCACGCGAGACGGCAGCGCCCUGCAUCGCCGAGUUCCACGGCACCUCGGGUCCCAUCCACACCACCUUCAACUCGGCGCAACUACCCAUCGAAAGAGACUUUGUGAAAGCCCUUGCACAGGCGGCGGGCCUUCCAAAUAAGCCUCUUGAUGCGUGGAGUGGAGACCAUCUCGGGUUCUACCACACCCUGGGCACAGUGACUCGCACGGGCCCGAACAAGGGCAAACGAAGCUAUGCGGGUCGCGACUAUUACCAGGCCAACAGCUCGCGGCCGAACUUGAAGCUUCUGUGCGAAGCCAAUGUGAACAAAGUUAUACUGGAUGGGACCCGCGCGACUGGUGUUACCCUCACCUUCCAAGGACAGGAAUACACGGCCUCUGCGAAGCGUGAAGUUAUUGUCUCAGGGGGAACGAUCAAAACGCCGCAGGUCCUCGAACUCUCCGGAAUUGGUGACCCCGAGGUGUUGGCUGCUGCAGGCAUAGAUGUCAAGGUCGAGAACCGCGCUGUCGGCGCCAACGUCCAGGACCAUGUCGUCACGGUCGUCGGCUUCCAUGCACUUCCCGGUGUGAUGACCGCGGACACACUGUACCAGGUUCCCGAGGCGAUGCAGGCGGUGCUCAAGGAAUACCUCGAGACUGGAGACGGUCCGUUGAGCGCCGUCGGCAACACGCAAGGCUUCUUUCCUGCGAAGAAGAUCCUCGCAGAGGCCGAGCUGUCUGAGAUCGUGCAGAGCAUCCUCGAUACCAAACCAGUAUCCGAGUUUCACGCCAAACAGCUGGAGCAGAUCAUCGCCCAUCUGGAGAGUGAUAUCUCUGCAAACUUGCAGCUUGUCCUGAUGACCGGGACGGUGAACCCGGACGAGGGGGUCGAACACCAGAGCAGGAUGUCUGCCCCGCCACCUCCUGGUCAGCCUGGCGGUGUAAGCCUUGCUCUGUGCAUCCAGUAUCCGGUCGCCAGAGGCAGCAUCCACGUUCAGAACAACGAUCCCACCGCACCCCCACUGAUCAACCCAAACUACAUCGGCCACGAAGCAGACGUCACCCUCCUCGCCGCAUUCGCGCGCUGGGCCGACCAGGUCGGCAAAUCGGACGCAGUAAAAAAUUCCGUCGCAGAUCGAUACUACCCCAAGGCGUCUAUCGACCUGCAGAAUCUAGAAGAGGCCAAGGAAGCCGUUCGCGAUGCUGUGGCUGGUGAGUAUCAUAUUUGUGGCUCUGUGGCACUGGGAGAUGCAUUGGAUUCGAGGCUACGUGUAAAGGGUGUCGAGGGGCUUCGUGUGGCUGAUGCCUCGAUCUUCCCUAAUAAUAUCAGCGGGAAUAUUGUGGGCACAGUGUAUGCUGUUGGAGAGAGGGCGGCUGAUAUCAUCAAGGAGGAUUAUGGCCUUGCUUAAUCCUGUAAGGCCCCCACCUGUUUACAGCUAGUUAUUGAAGUACGGUGCAAGCAACAUAUGCAAGAC